AGGGACUGAAUCGCUCUGCAGAAAGUUCAGAUUAAACUGUGAGCUGGACUGGUUCCACAGUUAUUCCACAGACACAGAAAGGCUCUGAGUGGGUCUGGUUCCUGUGGGAGGAUGGAGAGGCCAGAUGAGGAUCCGGUCCCUGGAGCUGAGGUUCUGUUCCGACGGAGGAGUCCAGGGGAGGAGAAGCAUCUAUCAGAGGAGCAGCUGAAGGUUUUAAAGAUGGAGUCUGAUGUUGAGCUGCUGCUGGAAACGCUGACUGGAAUGACUGAGGAGGAAUUCAGAGUCUUUCAGGAGUUCCUCCAGAGGGACAUGCAGACCUUCAGCUCAGAUGUAGACCUCAGAAUCAGGCUGCACAGGGCAGACCCCAGGAACGCCGUGCUGAUGUUGGUGGAGGCCUGGAGAAUGCAGUCUCUGGAUAAAACAAAGAAUAUUUUAAAGGAGAUGGGGAAGAUCAGUCUGGUUAGGAAGCUGUCAGACAGCAGACCAACAUCCAAAGAAACAGAAAUUGAUAAACUUCCAACUGCACUGAUCCACAAAGUGGCAUCGAUGGCCGCUGCCAGAGAUCAUCUUUCAGAAAUACUGGGGGCUCUAAAUCAGGAAGAAUUCCAGCUCUUCACAUGGUCUCUGCUGUUCACUCUCUUUCAACGGGGUCUCCGACCUUUUCCAUCUAGCAGCAGGUUGUCGUUGAAGAAGGAGAAGUUAGCGGAUGAGCUGUUGGCUCGAUGCGGCCGACAGGCCGUGGAGGUGGCCACCGAGGCUUUAACAGGCAUCAGCAUGUCUGAUUUGGCUCGCAGGCUGUCUGACGGCUGCCCAAGAGGAAAAGGGAAACAGGAAGUAAUUUGGCCUGAACUGAACGACAAAGUGGACCAGUUAGAGUCUGUGAUCCAGAAGCUGAUGGAUAAACUGGCUCAGCUGAGUCUAAGAGAACUGGAGGUUGUGAAGAAGAAAGCUAUGUUUGAGAUGCGUUCAAAGCGACAGAGUUUAUACUCACAGAGUUUAUACUCACAGAGUUUACCUUUCUGGUUUCCUGCUGUGAUCAGAGACCCAUUUGUCCUGAUGGUUAUACUGGUUCUGGCCUACGGCCAACAAUCUGAGGAUAAAAUAUCAGACUUUUUAACCCCUCCGAUAUGUUCUCCUCUCAGACCCGGAAAGUCCAGCUCUGAAACUGAAGUGGAUGAAAAACGAUCAGCUUUGAUCCGCAGAGUGGCGACCUUUUCAGCUUUAAGACAGCUGCUGGUGGAAAUACUUACUGAGCUGAGUGACGAUGAGCUCAAAGAAUUUACGGCGUUACUGAAGGUAAAGGUUAGGUGGAGUUUUCCUCAACACUUGCUGUUGAACAGGUUAGAUAGAUCAGAAAUAGUGGAUCUGAUGAUGGAAGAGCUGGGCCUGCCGUCUGUAGACGUCACCAAGCAGCUUCUCACAGAACUGAAGAGGACAGACCUGCUGCAGAGGUUCCCUGCAUCCCCACAGCAUAAAGAGAAUCUGUCUGUGGAAAAACCAGCGGAUGCAUCGGAAACCAAUGAUCCAGAUGUGAGGAAACUUCUGGAAGUGUUCAUGGAUCUCAGCGACAUGCAGCUGGAAGUUUUCAGGAGGAUUCUCCAGAAGCGGGUCUGGAAAAGAGGCUUCAAGUUACUCCUCAGACACCAGGAUGAGAUGACAGAGAGACUGAACCUCGCGGAGGUGAUGGUGCAGCUGCUGCAAAAACAAAGCCUACAGGUUGCCAUGGAGAUUUUACAGGAGAUAAACAGGACUGAUCUCCAGCAGAAGUUGUCCUCCAGCAGCUCUGCACCUGAAGAAUCUCCGUCUGAACCUCCAGAGAAAAGUGGAAAUGUUGAGGAAGAAGCCAGCGGAUGGACGAAAGCUGAACCGACAAUCACAAAUGAGGAGGAGGUUCCAACCUACAGCUUCUCAUCUGCGGCGGGACAGUUUGAAUGCAGCGUUUCUGCUCUGCGAUGGGUCUGCAAGGACAAAGUGGACUUUAAGUUCCAGUUCUGCUCCUGGCAGGGAAACAUGGAGAGGAUGAAAACCAGAGGAUUCACACCUGCAGGUCCUUUACUCAACAUCACCGUCAUUUCUGGAAAGAUAAAUGAGGUUUUCCUGCCUCACUGGAUCUGUAUCGAUGAAAUUCCCAACUUGUCAGAGAACUUUUCUGUCCUGCACAUGAAUGACUGCGGAGAUGUUUUGGAGAAAGUAUCUACUGUCACAGCAACGCAUGUCGGGCUAAUGGAUCCAGUUUUCUCUACUGUGGCAGCUCUGAUAUAUUCCAUAUUUGGAUCUAAAGUUAACACCAAAUUGUUGAUUUAUUAUCAGCCCCUCCAGCCGUUCCUCAAACUCCGUGUCUACCUGAUCCCAAAUGAUCCUGCUCUUCAACAGUCGGUGGAUAAGGAAGAAUCAUCAUCUGGCUUUGAAUUGAUCAAAAAGCCUCGACCUGAUCGGUCUCUAAAGAUGCAGAAGAAAUUUACUCUUAAAGCUUCUUUGGAAACAGCUGAGAUCCAACCACAGAAAUUAACCUUCAGAUAUGACGGCUCAGUCCCAAACUUCUACGAGGUGUAUAUCGGAAACCCAAACCGGACCUUUGAUCUUACCCUGCUGUAUGCUGAAUCAGAAAACAAGGAACAAAUUCUAGACCCAGUUUGGACGUGCCAAAUUCGAAGAGCAGCAAGCCUACAGUAUGGAUCCACCUGCUUCCCUUCCUGGUUCCCUUCCUGCUCCUCUUCCUGCUCCUCUUCCUGCUCCUCUUCCUGCUCCCCUUCCCGCUUCACCUUCCUGCUCCCCUUCCUGCUCCCCUUCCUGCUCCCCUUCCUGCUCUCCUUCCUGCUCCUCUUCCUGCUCCCCUUCCUGCUCCUCUUCCUGAUCCCCUUCCUGCUCCUCUUCCUGAUCCCCUUCCUGCUCCUCUUCCUGAUCCCCUUCCUGCUCCUCUUCCUGAUCCCCUUCCUGCUUCACCUUCCUGAUCCCCUUCCUGCUCCCCUUCCUGCUCCCCUUCCUGCUUCACCUUCCUGCUCUCCUUCCUGCUCCCCUUCCCGCUCUCCUUCCUGCUCUCCUUCCCGCUCUCCUUCCCGCUCUCCUUCCCGCUCUCCUUCCUGCUCUCCUCCCUGCUCCCCUUCCUGCUCUCCUCCCUGCUCCCCUUCCUGCUCACCUUCCUGCUCCUCUUCCUGCUCUCCUUCCUGCUCUCCUUCCUGCUCCCCUUCCUGCUCCCCUUCCUGCUCCCCUUCCCCUUUGCAGAAACUGAUGAUUAUCCCAAAUCAGGCCCUGCUGAAGCGGGUCGCGGUUCUGCAGGAGCAGCUGCUGCAGCGUCUGGAGAACGGCGUUCUGCAUCCAGAGACCUACAACGACAUCAGAUCUCUGCCGACCGCCGAGUCUCAGAUGAGGGAGAUUAUUAACCACCUAAGUGCUGGAGACGAAUGCAAGAAUAUUUUCUUCUCCAUCCUUCAGAAGAACGAACGUUUUCUGGUCUCAGACCUGCAGAAGGAGGACUAG